CUAGAGUCCAGACUUCCGGUACGAACUCGAUGCACCUUCGAUUGUUGCAACAUGGAAGUCUCGAUUGAACAAGAAACUCAAAUAGAAGUCGAACAAAGUGUCGAAACUCUGCCAGAAAGCAACGGAUUGGUAGAAGAGAAAGUCAGAACGCCUUGCGAGGCUUUGCCUGGUUGGACUAGAGUCGUUGUAACGCGAAAACGCGGCAAUUCUGCGGGCAAAAGUGACGUGUAUUAUUACAGGUACAUAGUGUUCUGAUUCUUGCCAAAUUAAUAAUUUUGUCAACAUUGAAAGAUUUUGCUGUUGAAAUUGUAAAAUUUAGCAAGAUAUUUCGUGGUGUGCGAGUCUAGAAGGCUAGCUUAUGGAUGUUUUCCUGACUUGUACUUUUACAUUAAAAUCAGUUAAAAGAAAAUUGAUAUAUUUAUAUUGGAAUAUCAUUUUUAUUGAUUUUAUGUGCAUGAGAGAUAUUAGGAGCCAGGCUUGUUUGGCACUAUAAAAGAGAAUGUAGGGACAUGUCUUUACUGCCCAAUUAGUCCAUUCAAGUAAAGUGCUUGACCUGGAAAGUUUGGAAAUUGCUCAAUAUUAUGAUACAAACUUUCCACACUGGGUACAACCUUUGAAACCCCUGAAAUAUUGCUGAUCUGAAAAUGAUAAUUAUCGAUCUAGGCUGACAAUUUUAAUAUCAGACAAUGUCCAAAGUCAAAAUUUGAUUCUUGCUUGUCUUUAAAUACAUACAGUAUAUAUGAACAUUGUCAGCAAACGUCACACUGUUGCGACAAGGAUUUUAAUGCGGAGAGGAUUCUGAAAGUAGGCCUAGGUUUUGCCAAUGUAAGGGACCACUCAUUUAUUGUACAGGGGGUAUUGAGGUGAAACUGAGGGGGGGGGGGCUUUAAUUUUUUUUUAAAACCUGAAAGGGGGCUUUGAAAAAAUACAGAGAGAUGAAAGAAGGGGGCUUUGAAAAGAUUUACUAGUUUGAAAAAUAAAGAGCUAGAGUUGCGGGGGGGGGCUCCAAAAUUUAUGUUCUUGUUUUGCCUGUUGGAGGGGGCUUUGAAAAUUCUACUUGUCAUAAGAGGGGGCAACAAAAAAAUAUUUCCUCAGUCCCCUCCUGUACAAUAAAUAAUGAGCGGUCCCCAGGCCUGCCUCGAAUUCCCUGAAAUCAGUCGACGGCAAUGGCGUUAAAAAUUUGCAUAGAACGUAACAGCUCCACGGCAGUUGGCAGUUUCCACGGCAUUUUUCAAAUUACUGUAAUAAAACUUUAAAGGGGAAGUCAAGUCCGUAAUGUAAACAAACGGUUUGUUUACAUUUUGAACUGCUGUAAUUUUUAAAAUAUGAUGUACUGUCUGAAUAUCUAACACCAUUUUGGUUUGCUAUGCUUCUAAAUGAAUAUGAAAUAAAGUUUAUGUUCAGAAAAAUUCGAAAAAAUUCGAAAAUUUGGGCAAUUUUCACAUUAGAGGUCCUCACAUUGUUAUGCGCAGAACCGAUGCGCAGAAUGGACUUGACUUCCCCUUUAAUUUUAUUGUUACUUUGGAUUUUUGACAAGCUAGAAACAUGUCUACGUAUUUCUUUAGUGUUUUUUUAAGAAAACUGAGACUAAAAUAGUGAUUUACGCAUGAUUUGAUCAACAUCUGAAUUCAAGUAUCAAAGUAGUAAUGCACAGUGAAUAGUAUAAAAAUUGCACCAUACGGCAAAAAAUUGCCAUCGUUGCCACAAUGAUCCACAUCAUUUUGUUCUCCCUCUACGGCAAUUGAUGUGAUAAAAUCUGAGCCCUGGCGGUCCCUAAAUCUACAAUAUCGCUUUGUAGGUUGGCAAUUGGGUUAGCAUUAGUAGACAUAAGCUCAUAUGUUACUUACAUCAGCCUCAUAGACAUUCUUUUUAUAAGAAAAUAUAUAAGAAUGAUAUUGUCAGGACAUUUGAAUCUGUCUGCAAUGGGAAAUAUCCACACUACCCCCACAGAGGAAAAUUUCUGCUGUCCGGAUGGGGAGGGGAUAAAAUUUGCUUCUGGUAAUAGAAGUGCAUUGUGGGGGGGGGGGGGGUAGGGGUUAAAUUUUGUAAAAGUUUCAAGUUUGACUCUUUUUGUUAGGUUCUAACCUAACUCAUCUUUUGGAGCACAAACAUUUAUUUGGUUACACUAGACUUUAGAUUUUCAACAUAUUAUAGCCCUUUUAGAACUAUACCCCAAGGAUGAUGCAAAAUCUAAUCAAACCAGUAUAAUGGCUGAACAUGUUUUCCACAAUACUAAAGUAUAAAUUGAUAAAUCUAACCAUUGGUUCCUUUUGCUGUAUCAAGAAUCCCUCGCUAUUCAAAGAUAUAAACCUGAACUUAAUCAUGUAAUUAAAGCUUCAAACAGAACUAAUCAUAUUUAACUAAUUCGUUAAUAAUCAACCUAAUGUAUCAUAUUUAUUCAUAUAAAUGCUGCUUUUGAUGUAUAACCUAGCUAGUUUAUCCUGAUGAUGACUGAAAUAUAGUCGAAACGUUGAUAAAUAUAAAAAUGUUAUCAAUCUUUGGAGUUACACAUGUUUUGUAUAGACUUAAUACUCCAAUAACAAAAGUUGCAUUUUUAAUUCUCUUAUCCACUAGCCCAACAGGAAAGAAGGUCCGUUCAAAGCCUGAUAUUGAAAAGAUGUUGUUCCAGACAGAUGGAGAAGUAAAAGACUUGAGCAAAUUCGAUUAUCGUACUGGUGCAUUUGUUGAGAGAACUACAACAAGAAAGCGUAAAAAUCCAACCAGUAACACCGACGCAUAUGGAAAGGACCUUGCAGACUUUAGUAUGGCUUCUGCACCAUUUAGACAGCAGCCUAAAAAAUUAUUUAAUGGAUCAGUAACUGUUGUAUCCAAUGAUUUAAACUCCAGUACAAACGGUUUGGAUUUAACUUUCAAAAAUGUCCCAAACAGGAGUGGUAUGGGGCUUGUGUCGCCUCGGCAAAUUUAUUGGGAGAGAAGAUUGCAAAAUAUGAGUGGUCAAAAUGGACUGGUAGAUUUUGAUGUGUGUUGUGAUGCGAACGGAGAAUUUCAAUCAUUAUUGCAUUCAAUUGUAAAGACACUACAAAUGGAGAGAGAUUUAGCAAACAAAAAACCACAAGAGUUGGAAGGGAAUCACAAGAAGCCGACAAAGAAGCCGAUAAGAAUUACAAAAGCGGAUAUUAGAAAACAAGAAAAGCAAGUUAUAAAAGCAAGAAGGGAACUUGCUAAAGCUGUAGCAGAAUAUGAAGUAUUGAAAUACUCAUGAUAAAAAUGAAGUGUAUGCAAAUACUUCAUGGUAUCUUAAUUUUCAGCCUUCGGGUGGUCUUUAGUAGACCGAAUAUUAAGUAAUGCUUCUUAUACCAAAUCAACAACUUUGGAUGACCAUGCAUACCUGAUACCGAGAAAGCUUCGGGAUAGUUCUUCUUGUGUUUUUCAUGUAGUGGUUGUAUCGCUGCCGUCAAUCCUAAUAAUAUACAUGAAAAAAUUCUCAAUGCUGAUCGGCUAAGAGCAGUGCAAUUUUUUCGAAAUACAGUGCCAAAAAAAAGAAAUGCAGUGCAAAUUUCUUAAUUUUUUAUUUUUCAAUUUUCUUAAUUUCUAAAUGUGACUUACGCACGUGAGUGCACAGGGUGUUAGCCAGAAGUAAAAAAAAAAUCCGCGUUUACCUGAAAUUGGGAAAUUUAUUUUAGCCUGAAACAGGGCAUUUCUUUGUGGAGCUGGGGGUAUGCGGUUACCCCCUCUCGAUUUUUUAAAUUUUUGUGUCUUUGAAAUGGCAUUUCCCACAUUUUGGGAGUAAUUUUGAGCAAAUAUAUAGUUAUAAACAUGUUUUUAAUGGCUUAUUAACAACAUUGAAUUUCUAUAACUAUUUUUUGGCUGACCCAAAUUUGGAAAUUGCGACCUCAAGGUAAUUGGGAAAACCGCGUUUAACGCGGAAUUUUUGACUGUAGCUAACACCCUGGUGCAUAAUUUUUUCAUGUAUAUUAUUAAAAAGUAAUAGUAUGGUUUCGAGUACUGCACAUUUGAAAAAAGUACACUCGUUAGUUUUUCAAAGACUUCAAAUUUUGCACUCGUGCUUCAGACUCGUGCAGUUUUGAUAGUCAUUGAAAAACUCACUCAUGGCCAUGCAUGUUUUUCCCAAAUUGCCCUGGAAACCAUACUAUUACCUAUACAACGCUAAUAAUAUUGACACCACGUACAUUGGUACAGACCAUCCAAGUAUUGAUAGCCACUAUGUUAAUUUGUUUCAGUUUACAGAUCAAUAAAACAAACCUAACUAAACAUUAUUUAGAAACAUCUAGCCCCCCCCCCCCCCCAAUCAUUUCUGAAAGUCUUUAAAUGAUAGCUGAAGAAGUGUGUACCAAAGUUUUAACGAUAAAUUUUCAACCACGAAAGCAUUGGUAUGCUAUAAAUUAAGCUAAAUAUUGCAUGAAAUGUUCAAGAACUAAGAUUUCCAGCAACAAAAGGUGUUCAUAUAUAUGAUGACCAACCUAAUUUGCUCAAAUUGAUCAGUGAAUUACAUUGUAUUCAUAAUUCAUAAAAAAUCUAGGUAUGUGAGUUGUCCAAAGUUUUGAAUUGGAAUGCAAUGAUGUAAACAAGUAACAGUAGUCAAUUCGCCUUUCUCACAGCCGAUUUUUUGGCCAUUUUGGGUAGGGGUACUGAUUCUCGCACGUUUGAGAGUCUCCGCACCACGAACUUUUUAGUAUUGCAGUUGUUUGUAUAUAAUAGUAAAUUGACAGUCUUUAAAAGUCGCUUUUCACGUUGUUUGAUUGUCUAGAAUCUUUCACGAGGGCAGACAGUACCCCAAAAAUGGCGGAUUUUGGCAUUCGUGACAAAGGCCAAUUGCCAUACAUCAUUCUGUAUUAUUUAGGUGAUACGUGUAUAAAGUUACUGAUUUUUAUUAUGAGCUAUUUAUGUGAGACUAUGGGGGGGGGGGGGGUUUUGUUGGGCGAACGACAGAAAAGUCAGGCAAAUUUCUUUCUGCCACUCCUUCCAUAUGCCUAUGUGUGACUAAGCAUGCAUGCAAUAUCUUAAAUAAUGUGAGCAUUCACCCAAGCUUCAUAUUUACAUAGUUUUAUUUAGAUUUGUGUUAUGAUAACAAAAUGCUGAAUAAUUGUGUUAAUAUAUUGUAUUACAUUGCAACAUCGCCAACUCCAAGGCAGAUAAGAACGUUAACAAUUGAAAUUAAAUUAUCUUUACUAUUGCCUUUUCUUGUCUCUCUUCUUUCCUAUUAAAGUGCAUAUGACAUGAAAUUUUUUAUUUUCUUAAAUGAAAGAACUCUUUAAGUUGUAGUGUAACUUAUUUUUCAAUUUCUUGUUUUUAUGGUUUGUG